GAAUGAUAAGAGCUUUGAAGAUAGGAGCGUUUCUUUGAAUGAACUUAUAAAUCUCUUUUUACACACUUCAUUUCUUUGGUUUUCUACUAUUGUAUUCAAUGGAACUAGUGUCCGUAACUUUCUUGUAUCAUUUUCUAGUUCCUAAAAUGUGAGUGGGUGUUUUAUUUUGUAUAAUUCUUGGAUAACCCCUAUUCUUAUGUUUCAAUAAAAUUUUAUUUUACCCAUAAAUUUUUAUUUUUUUUUAGAUUUGGUUCUUUACAUAAGUAGUAAACUUGGGCGGAGUGACUUGCAUGUUUGGAAGGUGCAUUCUGUUAUAGGUGUCAACUUGCUACGUGUGCAACAGUGGAUAUGGAAGUGGACGAUGGGAAUGAGAGAACAGAAACUUCUGCUGAAGGGGAACCAAGUAUACGUAGAGUUGAAACAGAUCAAGAACCUUAUGAGGGUAUGCCUUUUGAAUCAGAAGAAGCUGCUAAAGCAUUCUAUGAUGAGUAUGCAAAACGGGUAGGAUUUGUAACCCGUGUAUUGUCAUCCAGAAAGUCUGAGCGUGAUAGGUCAAUUAUCUCCCGUGGACUUGGAUGCAGUGGGCGUUCUGUUAAUCGAAAGCGAGGUGGGCAGCAGGAAGUUUGCACAGCAACGAUUUUGUUGAAGAGAGAGAAGCCUGGGAGAUGGGUGGUUAGGAAAUUUGUGAGGGACCAUAAUCAUCCGUUGGUGGGUCAAUUUCGAAAGACUCGUCGAACACUUGUAAGCUUGUUUUGCUUUGAGCAAUCCCUUGAUGAGAAGGAUAAGAAAAUUCUGGAAUUAACGGCAGAACUGCGGGUUAAGAAGCGGUUAAGUGCAGCAUAUCGAGAACAGCUACUUGCUUUUAUAAAGGAUGUUGAAGGCCAUAAUGAACACCUAUCAACUAAAGUUCAAUUAGUUUUGGACAAUCUAAGUGAGUUUGAAGCUAAAAAGAAAGAGGCUUCAGACCAUAGAUAACUUCCGAGUAUAGAGUGAUGCUGUGGCUGAGGAACAAGCGGGCUAGGCUUAGACCUGUGUUGAAGAUUAAUCACGAACUCAAGACUUAGAUAAUAUCACAUAGUUGUCAGAUACCCUCUGUUAAGACAUGAUUAUGCUAUAUGUUUUAUUUAUAAUUUCAAUAAAAUGUGGCAAUGUUUAUUUA